GAGUUGAACCGCAAAUACCGCAUGCACACAGUCCAGCCGAAGGUCGCCAGUUCCAUCUACAUAAACUCGCGCAGUGUCUUCCUCAGGACGGAGAUGAAAGAAGGUCGCUAUGUCAUCAUUCCCACCACAUUCGAGCCUGGAGCAACAGGAGACUUCCUCCUCCGAGUCUUCAGUGAUGUGCCUUCAAACUGCUGCGAGCUGACAGUAGAUGAGCCACGAAAAACAUGCUGGUCAGGGAUGUGCGGGUACCCCCAGGUGGUGUCUCAGGUGCACGUGGUCAGCGCUGCAGGACUCAAACAUCAGGACUCUGAAGGAGGCGCUGAUCCAUAUGUCAUCAUUAGCUGUGAAGGGCACAAAGUUCAAUCUCCAGUCAUCAAGGACAACUUGGAUCCCAAAUUUGAUGUCAAA